CGGGUGGUCGUACCUUUCCUCGGCGGGGAGUCCGUGUGUCACUGGCGACACCAUACCUGUGAGGCGAAGCAGCAUGUCUUCGGACGAUAGCUACGAGGAUGACAUCUUCGCCAGUGGACAUGGCGAGGCCGUCCUCGCUUCGCUCCAAGGCGGUGUGUGUCCGCCAGGCCUGGCCGCCGGGAUGGGUGUUCAGCCACAGGUGGCAGCACCAUCAUCGACGUUGACGUGGAGCGCUUACGUCCCUUUCUCGGACCUUCUAUGCACGGGAACGGCAAGCCGUGGCGAGGCUUCGGUGGAGAACCAGGUAGGGUACAUCGACAUGGAGUCUCUUCCCGAAGCUGUUGACAUUGAAAGCUUCUGCGAAUCUGCCGGAUUCGAUGCACAGGCGAUCGCAAGCACCCCACCUGGCCAACGGGACUCCAUAGUUGUUGCAACAAAACGUUCCGCUACUUCCACGCCAGAAGUAGAAGCGCGUUCUGCAGGAAGGGGGCGACCAAGAACGGCAGGCGGGUCAUCUGGCACAGCAGGCGCGAGGGCUCCUGCGAGCGGCGCGAAGACUGGGAUUCCAACAAACACAAGGGCUUCCGCGAGCGCCUCGAAGACCGUGAUCCCAUCAAGCACAAGGGUUGUCAGUACCACCAUGAAGACUGGGAUUCCAUCAUCCUCGAGGGCUCCCGCCGGCUCUGCCAAGACUGGGAAUCCAUCGCACCAGCUCCGUCAAGAAGGGGAUAGCAGCUCGCAACAGCGGCAGCCAUGUGGCACAAUCCCCUCCCAGCCCCAUGCGGUGGCUGACGACGUCGAUGAUGACGUGGAAUUGUCGUCGUGCGGAACACAGGAGGAAUCGGGCGAUUGCCAGCUGGGCAGAGACACGUGGUCAGUCGAGCAGAUCCUCGUCCUUGUGCAGACCAAACGGGAGUACGAUGACGAACAGGAAUGGCGGACUGGGAAAAUCAAGGGCAAGUUCAAGAACAACCCGACCAGGUGGGCGGACGUUUCGGAAAGGCUGGCCGAGAAGGGGGUCCUGCGGACACUGGGAAGUUGCCAGCGGAAGUUCGAAAACGUCAUGACCGCCUUUCGGAAAGUUCACGACUUCCAACUGAGGUCUGGUGAGGAAGAAUGGUUCGAACUUUGCACGACCGAGAGGAGGGAGAGGAAGGUGGGGUAUUCUAUAAAGAGGGAGGUGUAUGACCUCAUGGAGCGACUGUACGGUGAAGACGCCAACAUCAGCCCCGUCAACCUCACUGAUGGCGGGGUCCCCUUCACGGUGAGCGAAGGCGGAGAAGGCAGCAACGAGAGCAGCACCACGAAUGAAGCACACGACAGUUGGAGCAGACGCAGGAAAACGGCGAAGGAGAGGACCAUCGCAGAGGCCACUGCGGCGGUGCGGGACAAUACUUCAGCGAUGACUGAUGCAUUCCAGGAGUCUACGGCAGCGCAAAAAGAAUCUGACGCGACCUUAGUUGCGGUCAUGGAUCGCAUGACAGACAGGAUGGAGGCAAACGGCAAUGCACUGUGUGGUGCGCUUUCGAAGAUCGCAGACGCCUUCACGCGGACCCCCUGAUAUGCUCGCCAAGGUCGAUAGAGUGGACAGCGGGCAAUCAUCGCAGCCACAUGCCAUUCUUACGCAUUUUAAAGAAAACUAACAUUACAUUUAUAUGACCCUCGAGUGGAUCGCACAUUCAUUAUUAUUGUUUUUUUUUUCGGUUGCUCUGAUGUCGAUAAAGCACCGUUUAUCUU